GAUGCCGUCGGGGUAAUUUCCCCAGGCUCUCAAUCCCUGAAAACUGAGUCAGCUGGCAUCUAUUUAACUACAUAAUCGGUGCUUGUAGCCUUCUUGUCCUCUUACCACCAUCUAUGACUGCCAGCGAAGUCAGCGAGAGUGUCCAAACCACCGAGACCAAGCGAACUCCGCUUCCCAGAUGGCAGUUGCUUAUCGUGUUCCUUAUCCAACUUGCGGAACCCAUAACAGCGACGGUGAUAUUCCCCUUUGCUCCUGAGUUCAUCCGUAGGACGGGGAUCACUGGGGGGGAUGAGAGCAAGACAGGGUACUAUGCUGGGUUUAUCGAAUCUGCCUUCUUUCUGGCCGAAUCCUUGACCGUGUUCUACUGGGGUCAUUUAUCUGAUAGGUUCGGCCGAAAGCCCAUCUUACUCUUGGGCCCUCUAGGGUUGACGUUUGCGAUGCUCGGCUUUGGGGCCUCGAGUAACUUCUGGUCGUUGGUAUUGUUCCGAUGUGCUCAGGGUGUCUUCAAUGGGAAUAUCGGUGUUUCGAAGACCGUCCUGGCAGAGAUCACGGAUUCUUCCAACAUUGGAGAGGUAUUUGCCUUGAUACCAUUAAUGUGGGGACUGGGUGUUACUUUAGGCCCUGUCAUAGGCGGUCUUUUGGUGCAUCCAGCAGAUACAUGGCCAAAUACAUUUGGACGAAUCGCGUUAUUCCGUGACCAUCCAUAUUUCCUUCCUUGCGCUGUAGCCGGCCUGUUCUCUUUUGCGAUUUUUCUACUUACUCUCAUUGGUCUUGAAGAGACACAUCCUGCAACUAUUGCACGUAAAAAAUCUAAAUGCUUGCGACCCACACAGGAAACUUGCCUGAUUGCGAAUAGCACAGGGGCAGACUAUGGAUCCACCUCCACCACAACUGUCGCACCAGAUGACGCAGUGCCUGAUUACAUCCCCAGCAAACCUCCUAGCAUGCGAGAAGUUCUAGGGACCCAGUUCUUACUCGUCUUGAUGAACUACAUGUUCAUCUCUUUCGUUGAAACCGCGUACGAUGCGCUCAUUCCCCUGAUGUAUUCGACAUCCAUACCGGUUGGUGGUCUUGGCUUUAGCCCUUUCCAGAUUGGCCAAAUCUUGUCAGCAUGGGGGCUGACAAACGCUAUCGUGCAAACUGUUUUUACGGGAAGAUUGCUGAGGAUGUUCGGUGCUCGUAGGAUGUUUAUAGUCUCUAUCGGCUUCAUGUUUGUUGCCAUAUUAGCCUUCUCUUUCGAGAGUUACUUCGCAAGGCUAGCGGGUCGCGUUGACGGGAGAGUAAUCGCGCUUUUAAUUAUCCAACUGACCUGUAAUCUCAUGGUCUUCGUUGCUUUUGCUGCGACCCAUGUUCUCGUUGUUCAAAGCGCUACAAGCAGGGCUGCGCUCGGUUCGACAAACGGUUUUGCACAGAUGGCCGGCUCUGGCAUUCGCGGCUUCGCACCAUAUUUCGCCUCUUCCAUGUUCUCGAUCUCCCUUGAAAGCCAACUCGCAGGAGGAUUCUUGGUGUACAUCAUCAUUCUGGUUCUGACCUUGGUCCUGCUUUGGUUGGGCUUCAAAAUUCCAAAACGCUUCAAAUCAGCGGAUAAUUAGACGGAAAAUGUACUAAACAUAUACUUAGACGAUGUAGCGGUAUGACAAUUUCUACUUUCUUUUGGCAGCGGGAUGAAGUGUCCUUCCUGUCAUUCAACGCU